AUGGACGUUGGAGACACGCCUUGUGGUCUGAGUAGUGGUGGUCUGCUGUCGGUCCCCAGUGGGUGUGACACUCGCCUGGAGAGGGCGGCGGCCAGGGCGGCGGAGACGAACAACCUCACCCCCUUGUUGAAGGAGGAACUGCGCCUACAGAUACUCACAAAACGUCACGCUAAAGGCAAAACGGAGAUUGAUAUAGACUUCAAAACGGAACCCAGGUCAUACAAGCUUCGACCAGACGAGAUAGAGAAAAAACGUCGCCGACGGGAACAAAACCGAGUGGCCGCCCAGAAAUGUCGACAGAAGAAGAAGAUAUGCCAGACCUACUUGUUUCUGGAAUAUCAACGACAGCAGCAACGGAAUAAAGAACUCGAGGAACAAGUCAGACAACUGAGAUUUGAAAAGUCCGAACUGGAAGCAUUUGUUCAAGAUCACUUUGCUUCCGGUGCAUGCGCACUGGCUAACCUGGAGGCUGACAUGGGAUUUAAUGGUUGCAGUUUAUCGGACUUCGGUUUUCUAGAGGAUGUUCUCAACCUGCCUGAAGAUUGA